CCAGUAGGCGUUAGACCAAGAUUCUGAACUAAUUAUUUUCGUAUUCGUAGAAAUAUUAUUUCUUUUUUUUUGGCUAACAAAUGGUUCACGUCAUAAAAAAAUUCUCUGUUGGUCACAAAACAUCGCAAAAAAUUCACCAAGUGCAAUAUAUAAACACAAUAAGCCAAAUUUUUGUAUAGGCCAAGGUCGCCAAUAGCCACUAGACAACGCACACUGGGGUUUUGACCGAGGAAGCAGCCGAGUCGGGCUUGCCAAUUUUGAAAGAAGACCCUACGAAAAUGGUCAUGGAAAAGGAUCAACUUGACCAGAAGUCCAGCUAUGACAGUCUCGCCCGGAGGAGCUCGAGCAUCCAAGAUGUUAUAAGUCCCACCAACAGCGACAUGACCUUCAUGGAGCACAGCACACCCAGUGUCCUGCAAGUGCCACCGAAGACUGGCAAGAAGGAGCGGGAGCGGGAUCGGGAUCGGAAUCGGAAUCGGGAUCUAGAUCUGAGCGAUGGAGAAUCAUACCAGGAAGAGGCCAGCUCUGAAGCCAUUGGCAGCAAGCUCAAAGAGGAGCUGUCCAAGUACAAGCAGGAGCUCAAGGAGUACAACGAUACCACCAAGGAGCUGGAGGAGAAGUACAUGAAGAUCAACUACGAGCUGAACGAGAUGCAACAGAAGCACGAUAAGUUUGUGGAGGGCAGGAGAAAGCAUCCCACUACCGAGGUGGAGAUGGAGAGCGAAUUAGAUCCCGAGGAUCCCUUCUACAACUCGGCCAGCAGUGCAACUUCUCAGAUGACAAUCCGACGUAAGAGUCCCGAGGUGAUGCAGAGCAACACCAGCUUUAUGACCGUUCUAUCGGCACAGAGCUCCUACGAUCAACUCGCCCGGAAAAAGAAGUACUCGUCGUCGAGCAGAAGCUCUCAGCCCCAGUCCCAGCAGGAUCGCCGUACGCCGAAGACUAGCAAAGUCUAUGAUAGUCGGAUUGUGGAAACUCUGGCCAAUCGGCAGGUGAAGCGGCGAAAGAGAUCCCUGGAGCAGCAGAAGGAGGAUAUGGAGCCCUCUGGCUUCAAGGAAAUGUAUCAUGUGCUCAAUGAUGUGAUCAAUAUGCCACAGGAUCGCAAAUACACCCACGAAAGGGAUCGAGAUGCCGGCAAUCUGGGCCAACUCCUGACCACCAUCCAAAGCCUGAAGAGCGAGCAGGUGCAGUUCCGUUCGCUCAUCCAGCAGCAGCACGAGAGGAUCGCAGACUACCACACGCGCUGUGUAAAGGCCCAGGAGAUCAUGAACACCCAAAAGCACGAGAUCGACAAGCUCAACGCGAACAACAAGCAGCUGGAGUCAAGCAUCUACCACGACAUCGACAGUCUCCGGUGCAAGAUCGACACCAAGCUGAAGAGCGUUUCCCAUUUGCCCAAGAUGAUGCGGGAGGAGCACACCAAGUACGAGAAGGUAAUGCGAGAGAACUGUCUACUGGCGGAUAAGCUACAUGUCCUCCAACAGGAGGCCAUGCAACUGAAGGUCAAGAUCGAUGAGCUCGGGCGCCGCAAGCAGGCCGCCGUGAACAGGCUAAAGGCAGCCGAAAGGGAUCUCAAGAUCUUCAAGAACUACAAUUCAUCUUUAAAGUCUGAAAAGACUCGAUUAUCACGGGAAUUGUCAAGCAUGAAGGAUCAGCUGGAGCAGCUCCAGGUCAGCAGCAAGCGACAGCUCUCUCGCCAUAGGGAGCAGAGCGAAAAGCAGCGGAGGGAUCUGCAAAAGAGGAUCUACGACCUGGAGCUGAAGCUUGGCAGAAGUCAGAACUCCACGUCGAGUCUGAUCCAGGAGCGGGACAGUCUGAUAGCCGAGCUCCAGACGCAACUCCACACGCUGGUCCACAACUUCGAGGUGUCACAGAAGCACAUCAGGGUCCUGCGACGACACAUUUAUUCCAUGACGAAUCCAAACGGUGGCGUCGGCAUCAAUUCCAGCGGUGCCGCCGGCAUUGGGAACGGCUCCCAGCGACCUAGUUUGAUGCGGUUAAAUCAGGCAUGCAGUAACACAAUGACCGGACGACUCGGUAACCCUCGAAUGCUGAAGGAAAAGAUAUAGGUUUUGCGCCUGCAUUAGUUCCCUCAGUGUGGACUCCGGACAACUUUAUGAUAUGGUUUGUCAGCAUUGGAACCAUUUCAUCAGGUUGCCUGGACUCUCUUUUUCUAAGGUGUUACCGAGACAAAGAUUCUUUCACUUUCUGAUGAUCCUAUAAAUAUUUUAUUAAUUUUUUA